GCGUCUUUGGCGCUGGCUGGCAGCCGUUAGUGACGGGAAAAGCGCCGAAGCCGCGACCGUGAGGCCUCGGUGACUUCCUCGGUGGUUCGCGGCGGUUGGAGACCGCGUGUUGGGCCGCUGGGCCCCGCAGGCUCGCUCGCUCGGAGGCGGCAGGCGAGCGCUUUUGGGGAGAGGGAGGGAAGCGGGGAAAGGAAAAUGGCGAACGCGGCCGAGGUAAACGCGGUGCCCGUCGGCGAUGUGGUGGUGGUGACGGCCGAGGCCACCACCCUGGAUGGCGACGGCUCGGAGGAGAACAAGACCCAAGUCAUCCUGCAACUGCAGCCGGUCCAGCACGGCAUGUGUGAAGACGGAGCUGAGUCGAAUUGCAAUGCUUCGGUUGUUACUGUGGAGGCUCACACUUUACAGAAGUUAGCAGAUGGGGAAGAUAUCUGCAAUGAAGAUGUUGAAAUUGCUUAUCCUAUUACUUGUGGGGAAAGCAAAGCCAUUCUAAUGUGGAAGAAGUUUGUUUGCCCGGGGAUUAAUGUGAAAUGCGUAAAGUUUAAUGAACAGCUCAUAAGCCCAAAGCAGUUUGUACAUCUUGCAGGGAAAUCUACACUGAAAGACUGGAAACGAGCAAUUAGAAUAGGUGGUAUAAUGUUGAGGAAGAUGAUGGAUUCUGGGCAGUUGGACUUUUUUCAGCAUGAUAAAGUUUGUACAAAUACCUGCCGAAGCACAAAGUUCGACCUCCUGAUCAGUAGCGCUCGGGCACCAGUUCCCAGCCAGCAGAGCAAUGUGAUACAAACUCCAACCACCAUAGAAGGUAAUGGGGCCCACAUUACGGUGUCUGAAGAGAACACUGAAGAGUGCAUUGAGUGGAGUCCAGCUUUGACCACAGUGGCAGUUACUACAGAGGAUCUAAACAGGAAAGAUGGUGAAGAAAUUUCAGAGGACACCUUGGCUUUCUGGAAAGGAAUAGCAGACGUGGGUUUGCUGGGGGAAGUUGUUACCAAUAUUCAGAAGGAGCUGAUGGAGAUGCUGGCUGGUGUUCAGCAGAGGAUGGGUCAAACUCCACUGCAGAUUACAGAUGCUGCAGUUCUGAACAACAUGGCACACACAUUUGGCCUUCUGGAGACUGUGAAGAAGGUCUUGGACAACAGGAAGAGUCAAACUGAUCAAAGCCAAGAACAGAUUCACAAUGAUCUUGCAGAACUGGAACGCCAGCUGGAGGAGCAGAGGAGACGAGCCAAGGAACAGAAACUGAAAAACCAAACAUUACAAAAUGUGGUGCUGAUGCCGAUCGCCACUCCCAAGCCCAACAAGCGCCCUCGACUCCAGAGACCUGCCUCAGCCAGCAUUCUGACCCCAACCACACCGCUUCAACAACCCCAGUUCACUGUCAUAUCACCUAUUUCAAUCACGCCAAUGGGAGCAAACUUUUCUGUUGCCAAUGUCACAACCAUGCCCAUGUCCAUUGGCCAGCAAUCCAGCCCUGUCACUGUCCACACACUGUCAGGUGGGUCGCAGAUUUUCACCAGGUAUGCCUCCGUGGUCAGUGCGGCCAAGACAACUACCUCCGACACGGUCACCAUUCAUCCCGCCUCCAGCCUUGCCCUGCUGAGCACAGCCGCCAUCCAAGACAGCAACGCCAUCACAACAAUGGCUGGUGUGAGCAUGGGCCCCGUGGAGCUAGUCACAGUGGACUCUGGUCUGGCCUCUGUUGUUCAGAGCCAUAGUGUUGAUCAUUCAGCAGAAUCGCAGACUGUGAUUGAAAUUCAUCCUGGGCCAGAGAUGGACUCAGACCCAGAUGGUGUGGCAGAUGUAGAUUGUGAUGAUAAGACACCUGAAACGGACAACGAAACCCAAAUACAAGCCAUCGAAAUUGUGGCCCAUGAGGAUCAGCAGGAUGAGGAAAAUUGAAAGAAGAAAAACAAACAUUUGAGCUAUAAAAGUAAUUGCUUGGCUGUAUCUGAAUGUACUGUUACCAAAACGUAGUUAUGUGUAAAAGGUAUGAAUUUUGACAUGAUUUUUUUUAAAGAAGGAAUGCAAUAUUAUGAUGCGUUCUUUGUGCUCUGUUCCAACCAUGGGUUAGAAUCCGCUCCAGUUUCCUUCAUUUUGUAUGCUGCCAUUAACCAAGUGUUUGGGUAGCAUGUAAUUAUCUCGCAUUGUUUCUCCCUUAUCAGAACAAUUUGUAAUGAAGAUGCAAUCUUUGCUUUCUUGAUGUAUUUGAAUGCAAAAUAAGUACCAGACCCAUAUACUUAAAAUUUCUCACCACAACUACCACUGGCAACUGUUAAGCUAAGUGAGUUGAUUCAGUUUUAACCAUGCCUAGUCUAAGCUUGGCAUCGAAAUUUGAUUACCUGCAAGUGGUGGGGAUUGUUCCUACUUGAAGCAAAACUAAAGUUUGAAGGGCUAGUAGCAGUGGAUAAUAAAACCAGCUGAAGAAAAAUUGUAUCUGACAUUGGAUACUUGGAGAGAGGUUUGGAAAGCAGUGACAAUAGAUGUAACAGGUGAAAAAACAGCAACUCCAGGUGGUGCAAAACUGAUGUAAAAUGACGACAAAUUGCUGAAAACACUCAGCAUGUUCAUAGCAUUUGCACAAACCAAUACAUGGGUCUGCAUCUUGAGGCUCUGCUUCAUGUUUUUUUUAAAGAAUCCACUUGAUGAAAUGUUGAUUCUUUUCAGAUGCUGCAGACCUUGCUGUUCACUGGUAUAUUUACUUGUAAUUCCUUUGCAUACCCUUGCCAAAAUUGAACAGGUUCCUAUUUGUGGAAGGGCAGCUUCAUUGUGUCUCCUUUUCAAUGAUGUUUUCAGAAGUUUCUUAAUGUGAGGCUGUAAUAUUUUAAUUUGCUUAUUAUGAAUCCACAAUAUGUACAUUUUUUUAAACUAAACCAACAAAAAAUGCGUAGCAUUCCUAUAUAACAAUUAAAUGCAUGUGACAGAAAGGUGAUUGAAAUUGAUCAAAUGCUUUUAUUCGGUGUCUUGUCUAAAUAUACAUUUAUUUUUGUAAUUCACUCCUUCCACUGAUUUAUGCUGACAGAUAUCAAAACCUAACAGCAAUGACAGAUGAUUGCAUAUUUUGAGAAUCAUUGUCAAGAUUUACUCACCAAACACAUCUAAAUUUUAAAUAGUGCUUCAAAGCAACUGAUUACUUUGAGCUAGUUCUUCAUCAGCAUUAGUGAAAUGAAAUGAUGAUGAGUUAGCUUUUGCUUGUGUUGGCCAGGACAUUGAGAACUCUGCUCUGAGAUUAUUUUCCUUGCGAGCAGAGAGCCAUGAUUUACAAUCACUUAAAAUGAAGUGGUACUCCCAGCCACGCAGCAAUUCCCUGCAAUAUUCUCAGCAACAAUGAGCAGGAAGUUCAUUCCCUGUUACAACUCCCUAAAACAAUGCGGAUCUCCAGUUGGGUCCUAUAAUCCUAUAGUGUGAUUGUACCAGAAAUCUGACUUUGAGCAAUGGUUGACUUCACUUGGUCAUGAAGCAUUUGUAUGGUUGUUGAGCAUGCCAUCAAUGAGCAAUGGAGUACAUCGAGCUGGGGGCUGUUUGUUCCACUAAGAAAGGGGGUGCCAAGGAAUGCCAUGAGACUUCUUUAAACCCUGAAACUUGGGGAAUAAUUAUUCCAAUAAUUAAUAUUGAGGGGCAAGUAUGAAUUAAUAUAGGAAAUAUUUAAAAUAGAAAUACAAAUGAUCAUUGUUGUGCAAAACAGUUUGAUGCAAGUUUUGCUUAAAUCGUCCCCUUAAGAUUUUUCUGGAAACUUGGAUAUAUACAGUAUUUUUCACAAUCUCAAUCUGUCCCAAAGCAUUUUAUGACGAUUGAAAUAUUUUUUGAACCAAAUCAUAGUGCAAAUUGUAAAACCUAAGUUUUUUUACCAAACCUUUGCUUACCAGUUCUGUUUUUAGCAAAUGAUCAAUAUUUUAGGCGCUUUGUUUAUGUAUUAUGGCCUUGGCUGUGUUUACAGAUUCCAUCUCUACACCGCAACAGUCUCCCUGAGCAUUUCUUCCAUUCUAUUCUUUAAGUUCUUAGCAUAAUCUUUGGAGGAGGAGGAUAAAAAUAUUUUUUACGCUGGUGGAUAAAUAAAAGAUCAACAUUUUAAAA